UGCCUGUCUUACUUUUUCCCAGCACUAAAUGACCAUCAUUGUGUCGAUGGGCUUCUCUUUACUGAAACAAAGCCGUCUAAUGAUUCGCUGAUAUUCUGUGUGUCUUCAACAGUCCAGUGUCUGCGAGAGCGCCCUGUGUGUCCCCGGAAAGCAGCUAGAAGCCAGUGGCCAGUGUUCUUCAGCCGUGCCUCAAAUCAGACGUCUCGGCUACAAGGUGGCAGUCACUCUGGCACCAGACGACAGAUUCAAUUUAACCGUCAGCGUCUUAAGUCACAUGCUCUUUAAAAUGUUAAACAAAUUAUACUCUUCAGUCACUGAACAUGAAACACAAAUUAAUUUCACACUUUAUGUCAAAUCAUGCGAGGAUCAUGAAGCUAAUGAAGUUUCAAUCCUGAAAUCUGUCAGUUUCACUUCGUAUGUCAUUGAUAGCGGUAAAAUGAGCAGAGACGAUACUGAGAAAAAUAUGCUAGAUGUGGUAAAUAAACCGUGGAAUGUGCACGUUGAUUAUCGGAAUGAAACGUUUUUUACGCUCAAGCCAAAGAUUGUAGGCUAUAGUCUCCAUGACCGCCUGUCUCAUUCUGUGCCUCACAACUGUAGCCCCGUAAAUAUUUCACUUUCCAAGCAUGUGUUCCGAUUUCAGCCAGAAGAUGAUGACUGGCAAUCUAAUUUUUCAUCGACAAUCACACCUGAAGUAAUCUCUAGUUUCCCUCUCGGUUUGCCGCAAGGCUACUCGGAAGAAAAAAUUCGCGUUCUCACAUUUGAUUUAUAUAGUAUUUCAAAGCGUCUGAACAGCCAAUGGUCCACAAAGGACGCUUUUAUUGACAUUACCAGUGCAAUCUUUUGCCCGUUUGUAGAAGUUCGUGUUCUAGAGACCUUAGUUCAAACCAUAGAGCAGAUCACUUUCCGAAUUCAGUUCGAAGACAGGGUGAUCAAUGUCCUUUAUGAAAAGGAAAGUGUCACAUACGUGGACGAAGACACGAUCCACAUUUGUGUUGACAGGUUCAAAGAGCUCAUCAAACUUCCCAAGACACGCGCAAGUUUCUACGAGACAACCGAGAGAGUCCAUUACUAUUUUGAAGUGUCCUGCUUCAGCGUGUCCACGGCUUGCCUCAUUCUGACGUUGUUGACGUACUGUCUGUUCCCUGGUCUCCGCUCUGUCCCCGGCAAAAACAACAUGGCUCUUUGCCUCUCCCUGGCCCUCGCCCAGAUCUCUCUCCUUGUCUCUGUUGAGCUCGGGGCUCGCGGAUGGCUCCCUUCUAUCGCGUGCGCGACCAACGCCCUACUGCUGCACUUGUCCUGGCUCUCCGCCUUCGCCUGGAUGAGUGUGUGUUGUUUCCACAUGUACCGUGUGUUCAGUUCCUCCAGCGCUCCCUCCCACAUCUCUGCACACUCCAACAAGCGACGCUAUCGAUACUACUUCCUGAUCGCCCACGGUUCCUCCUGUCUGCUGGUUCUCGCUACAGUUCUUGUCCACUUGUCUUUGUCGGGCGGACGCUCCUUCGGCUACGACACGGUCACGUGUUUUCUGGACACUUCCGGUUCCGGUGUGUCGUUUGUGUUGUCCCUGCUGGUGCCUCUGUGUGCCAUGAUCGUGUGUAACACCGUCCUGUUCUCACUGACCGUGUGGCACAUUGUGCAAGUCACUCGUCUGCAGCAGCACAGCCGUGUGUCCGACAGGCGGAGGGUCAUGACCUACGUCAAGUUGUCCACUGUCACCGGACUCUUCUGGGCUCUGGCCAUCUUGUCCGUGCGGCUGGACUACACUGCCCUCAACUUUCUCACUUCGGUUCUCGUCGCUUUGCAAGGCCUGUACAUUUUUCUUUCCUUCACUGUCAACAGGGCAGUUGGUUCGCUCUAUAAGGAACUGAUAUGGCCAAAACGUGCUAAAGAUAUCAGUUCUAGACAUAACGAUCCUAGUGGCUCCACGUCACAGCAACGACAAAUGACGGAGUCGACGAGCAAUAUUUAUACAGUGUCCCAAUACGUUAGCAGUGAGGGUAAAGAGGCGAGCACGGACAUCAGUGAAACACAGUUAAGCCACCCCUUUACGCGAAAGUUCCAGUAAUUCUGAUUAAAAGUUUAACCCUCCCAAAAAAUAUCGAGGCCUAUGAAGCCGGCCGCAAUUUCCUUCUGUGGUGUCAUGGUCGAUUUAGUCAGCCGUAAUUUGAGUUAUAAUUUUGUUUCGUCUAUCCCACCUUUUACAUUGCAAAACAUUUCAAAACAUUCACAGUGAGCUCUACUUCCUAUUUACAUUCUACUUUAGGAAAAUUAAUAUAUUAGGUUUUUGGUCUUUACCUGCUUGGUUUUCGUUUUCUCAGGCAUUUUUCAACAAAACAUGGUGAAAUCGUGCAAUCUCCUCUGAUACCACUGGCUUUAUGUCAGCGACGUUUGGAGGGUUAAAAUGUGUUCUACUUGCCCAUUGACUUACACAGUUUAGAUUGUUCUGGUUUGUUCCGACCCUGUCUGUCAGGGACCACCUGGCCUGAGAGAGACACUCAGUCCUAGAAGACAGACUGAGAAAGACACUCAGUCCUAGAAGACAGACUGAGAAAGACACACAGUCAUAGAAGAUAGACUUAGAUAGAUCCACUGUCCUAGACAUACAGUCAUGGAAGACAGACUUAGAUAGAUCCACUGUCCUAGACAUACAGUCAUGGAAGACAGACUUAGAUAGAUCCACUGUCCUAGACAUACAGUCAUGGAAGACAGACUUAGAUAGAUCCACUGUCCUAGACAUACAGUCAUGGAAGACAGACUUAGAUAGAUCCACUGUCCUAGACAUACAGUCAUGGAAGACAGACUUAGAUAGAUCCACUGUCCUAGACAUACAGUCAUGGAAGACAGACUUAGAUAG